AUGUUACGUAUUAGCCCAUAUCUCGCGGGCACUCAAAGCCAAGACAAUCCGGAACAACGCGAUCAGACAUUUCGACUUGAAUCCCAGUCCCAGGGCUACGGUAAUGGCGCUAAAAAAUUCAAUGGCCCUAUAUUUGAUCCGGAUAUCAUCGGACGAUGGGUGCAUGUAUUAACAAUGCCACAACUGAUCGAGUCACGUGGUUUCCAAUCAGAAACACAUACCGUGACUACGGGUGAUGGAUAUAUACUACAGGUGUUCCGUAUGGUGAACCCACAGCUGCCUAACAGUGGUCGACAGUUAAGACACCGGCCGGUCAUCCUAUGGCACGGAGUGGCCGUCACGUCCGACUCGUGGCUAUUCUCGACAGAGGGCUCUAUAGACAGUAGAGGUGUUUACAACGAAAAUAACGACGUGUUCAACGACUGCGAGCGUACGGUGACGUCGACACUGGCCUACACACUGUCGGCCUGUGGCUACGAUGUAUGGUUGGCCAACACCAGGGGCACUCACUAUAGUCAGGGUCACAUGCAAGUUUCAUAUAUCGGGCAUUCGUUAGGAACGGCACAAAUGUUUGUCUUACUAUCACUGGUACCUGAUUUUGAGCGCUUUAUUAGGCCAUACAUAGCGCUGGCACCUAUAGCCUACCUGGGUAACAUCGAGAGCAUCGGUCGAUUAGGCGUACCAUUGGAGCCAAUAUUAAAGACAUUCCCGGGCCCCCUGGGCAUACCGGUGCCCAUCGCGCAGUUAAUCGUACCCAUAGAUGCCGCCCAUUCAGGUGCGUCAGUAUCAACCUGGGUGUACGGUCACCUAGCUCAAUUGGUGGUCAAUAAAUGUUUCCGGCGUUUUGACUAUGGUAUCCGAGAAAACAUACGUAGGUAUGGCCAGUCACAGCCGCCCAGUUACCCCUUAUGCAACAUAACCUCCAAAAAUAUUGCACUGUUUCGGGGUUUAAAUGAUUUGUUGGCCGAUACUAUGGAUGUGAGUCUACUGGUGCAGGAUUUAACGGUGCCGCUAUUAGAUAAUUAUAUUGUCCCGGAUCCAAAGUGGAAUCACCAGGACUUCCAGUUGGGUGUCAAUCAAGGGUACAUAUCGCGCGGUUUUAACUACUGGAGCAAACAGGGUAUACCGGGGCCCACACCACUGCCUAUUGUAGGCAAUUAUUUUAACUCGUUUUUCAUGGCA